AACCCAGACUUCCUUUAUCUUUCUCCUUCAGAAAGAAAAGGUGUGCGAAGACUUGAACAGUAUGUCUCGAAUCUCAUAUUUCCUCCUGCUUUUGCUAUUAAUAAUGAGAGCAAUCGCUGAAUCAAAUGGCAAAGAUGAGGGGGAAUGCGCCAAUGAAACAUGACGGGAGCAGGGAAUAGCAAUGGAAAUGGCCGUCCAGGAUUUUCAUCAUUUAACUUGGUCAAGGAAGCUCAGCUCGAGCAGCUUCUUCUGCGUUGGAGCUCAUUGGUAGCGAAGAAGUGGAAGCAAUCAUCGGAACAAUUACACCGCCAGAAGCAACUCUAGUAUCUGAAAUCGAAAAGGCCACCAGGGAUAUGCCUAUUAUAUCCCUAACUUCUUCACCAUCCAUCUUACCAACAUACCAGUUGCCCUUCUUCCUCUAAAUGGCUAAUGACAUCAAGGUCAACAUACAAUGCAUUGCUGCCAUCGUAAACUACUUCCGAUGGAGAAAAGUGACUGUAAUUUACCAAGAUAACAAUGAUUUUAUUACUGAUUCUGUUAUAACUCUGCUUUCUGACUCACUUAGAGUUGUUGGUUCAGAGAUUGAUCAUCAUUUAUCUUUCCCUUCUCAAUCAUCUGUCUCGGAACAUAAUGGUGCCAUCGAACAAGAGCUCAGGAAACUGAGGAGCAAUAGCAACAGGGUCUUCAUUCGAGUACAGUCCUCUAUACGGUUCGCUAUCUCGCUUUUCGAGAAGGCUAAGCAAAUGUGUAUGAUGGAAAAAGGAUAUGUAUGGAUUGUCGGUGAUGAAAUCGCCAGCCUUCUUGAUUCUAUUGAUUCUUCAGCUCUUUAUAACAUGCAAGGCGUGCUCGGUUUCAGAACCAGGUUCAUCGACUCUAGCAAGUCUUUUAGACGGUUCAAAACAAAAUUCUGAAAGCACUACGGGACAAGAUACGCUGAAGAAGAAGAGUUUUCGAACCCAAGUAUUUAUGCCCUGCGAGCUUAUGAUGCAGCUUGGACAAUUGCUGAAGCCAUGGACAAAUCACCAGCUAAUGCCACAUCCAAAGAAUUGUUUAAACAAAUGUUAUCAAGUAACUUUGAAGGUUUAAGCGGAAGAAUAAGAUUCAGAAAUACCACAUUAUUGAAACAUCUUCCUACCUUUCAGGUCAUUAAUGUGGUAGGUAAAAGCUACAGAGAGGUUGCAAUUUGGUAACCACAAUCCGGGUUCACGGAAAACUCCAACAAACAUGAAGGAGAGAACACUACGUUUGGCAACAUGACCAUGAAAGAAUUAGGCCCGAUUUAUUGGCCUGGCGGCUUACAAACUGUUCCAAAGGGAUGGACUUCUUUUGAAUUUGACGAGGACAAGCCACUGAAAAUUGGGGUUCCUGCCAGGGGAGCUUUUAAUCUGUUCGUUAAAGUGAGUUACGACCAAGGCAUUAAUGGUUCAUAUGUCACAGGAUUCUCAGUUGAAGUGUUUGAAGCUGUUGUCAAACGCCUUCCUUAUCGAUUACCUUACGUGCUCGUUCCGUUUUACGGCUCAUAUGAUGAUAUGGUGGAACAAGUCUAUAGCAAGGACUUAGAUGCAGCAGUUGGAGAUACAGAAAUAAUGGCAUAUCGAUAUCAAUACGCAGAGUUUUCACAGCCAUACCUUGAAUCCGGACUUAUUAUGGUAGUGACUGCAAAACCAGACAAGUCAAAAGAACAGUGGGUGUUCUUGGAGACAUUUACAAGGAGAAUGUGGCUGAUAACUAUAGCAAUGCAUACUUUCAUAGGAUUUGUUAUUUGGCUAAUUGAACAUGCGGAGAACCCCGAUCUCACGAGGUUUGGGGCAGUACUUUGGUUCUCUGUCACUGUUUUAUUCUUUGAACACAGAGAACCAUUAAGGAGCAAUUUAUCUAGAAUUGUGCUGGCCCCAUGGUUGUUUGCAAUUCUAAUAAUAUCGGCAGGCUUCACCGCAAGUCUUACCUCCAUGUUGACAAUCUCACACCUCCAACCAUCUGUUUCAGACAUUGACACACUUUUGAGAACAAAUGCAAGCGUUGGAUGUAAUAGGAAUUCAUUUAUCGUUGGGUAUUUGAUCAAUGUGUUGGGUUUUAAGCCAAAGAACAUUAGGAAAAUCGAUUCCAUUAAUGACUAUCCGGAUGCCUUUAGAAAUGGAGAUAUUCAAGCUGCUUUCUUUGUUGUGCCUCAUGCAAAAGUCUUCCUUGCCAAGUACUGUAAAGGGUUCACCAUGACAGGACCUACCUUCAAGCUUGGUGGUUUUGGCUUUGUAAUUAAUUCCUACCACUUUCCAUAUACCGUCGAUUUUCCAUUGAUGAAUCUUUUGUAAAAUAUAUUUUUGUCUGCUUUGGGUGUUCCCGAAAGGUUCUCGUUUGGCAUUUGAGUUUUCGGAGGCAAUCCUAAAAGUGAUGGAAAAUGGAGAAAUGCCGCGAUUGGAAGAAUAUUUGCUCAUCUCUAACAACUCAUGUUCACAAUCUACGGGCGUGAGCGACGGAUUAAGCUCAAGCUUAGGUCCUCGCCCAGUCGCUGGCCUGUUUUUUGUAUCAGGUGGAAACUCAGCCUUUGCUUUCCUAGUGGCUACCGUGCGCCUGGCAAGAAGACACCAACAUUUCAUACGGGCCAAGCUAAAUGGACUCCGAACAUGUGCAUUUACAUUUCUCACAAAUUGUACCCAAUUUGUCGAAUUUCGGUUCUUCUAGGGAAAUCCCAUCCGCCAAACAAAUAGUCAAGCUAAUAUUUUAAUGGCAGAAAUUAACAUCUAGUUGGAAAUUUCAGAAACAUUACUGUACAUAUAUAUAUCCAUGUCUUUUUUGUGAAUAAAAGUAAUUAAUAUCAA